GGCAUCAGUAAGGCAGAGGAAAUGUCUGGUAAUUGUUAUCACCUCUAAAAAAAGCCUGAAAAUGUUUUCUAUUGUCGAGCCCACGUUUCAAGCUGGAAAUACUAGAUGCAGGAACUUGUCGAAACAGGUGCAGGUGUUGCGCUGUAGCCCCACCCACCCCGGAAGAUCCUAGUAAGGGUGUUUUUAUUUUUUAAGGUGACGUGGAUUCGCUGUGCGCCGCUUCUGUUGAUCGCGACCUUUCGGCUGUUUCAUCGCGUUAAAGCGAAGAUCGGAAGAUGUUUUAUCACUAGCCAUGUCCAGAUAUGACAUUACACAUACGCCUGUGUUACUGACUGGAUUUUGAAGCGAAAGAAGCGAUUCUGAGGAAUCCGAGGAAGCAUCUGAAACAGGUGUUGUCAUGACAGCGAGACUGGAAUGCUCAGGCCUGCGUGUCGCUGGUCAAUCCGUGACACUCUGUGUGCUGGUUCUCUGCCUGAUGCCUCACUUUGGCUGGGCAGUGAGUUACAAACAAGGCGAUCCAGUUGUCCUGUAUGUGAACAAAGUUGGUCCGUAUCACAAUCCCCAGGAGACGUAUCACUAUUACACUCUACCUGUCUGUAGACCAAAAGAGGUCCGUCAUAAAGCUUUAAGUCUGGGAGAGGUAUUGGAUGGAGACCGUAUGGCUGAAUCUCUGUAUAACAUUCGUUUCAAGGAAAAUGCGGAUCGACAGACGCUGUGCAAGCUCACUCUCUCUGAGAAAGAGGUGGAUCAGUUGCGGGAGGCAAUUGAGGAGCUGUAUUACUUUGAAUUUGUCCUAGAUGACAUUCCCAUCUGGGGUUUUGUGGGAUAUAUGGAAGAAAGUGGAUUUCUGCCUCACAGCCACAAGGUGGGAUUAUGGACACACUUGGAUUUGAAUAUAGAGUACAAUGGUGACUCUGUGAUCUUCGCCAACGUGUCCGUAAAGGAUGUGAAGCCAGAGCCCUUAGAGGAAGGUGGAGCAGGCCAUGGUGCUGGUGUUGGCAGUGGUGGUCUGUCAAUCACCCACACCUACAGCGUUCGCUGGUUUGAGACUACAUUGCCCCAUUCACGCAGAGCUGAGCGUCUUCGAGACUAUUCCUUCUUUCCCAAGACUCUGGAAAUCCAUUGGCUGUCCAUUAUUAACUCACUAGUGCUGGUGGUGUUAUUGCUGGGCUUCGUCAUCAUUAUCCUCAUGAGGGUGUUGAAGAAUGACUUCGCCAGGUAUAAUGUCGAGGAAGAUGGGGGUUGUGAUGACCUGGAUCAAGGGGAUAACGGGUGGAAAAUCAUCCACACAGAUGUUUUUCGCUUCCCGCCAUAUAAGAGCCUCCUGUGUGCAGUAUUAGGUGUCGGGGCACAGUUUCUGACUCUGGCCACAGGAAUCAUUGUCAUGGCACUGCUGGGGAUGUUUAAUGUCCAUCGUCACGGUGCCAUCAACUCUGCAGCGAUUGUACUGUACGCUCUGACCAGCUGUGUGUCAGGAUACUGUUCUUGCAGCUUCUACACCCAGAUUCAAGGCCAGCGCUGGGUCUGGAACAUCAUCCUCACCUCCGCACUCUUCUCUGCUCCGCUCUUCUUCACAUGGAGUGUGGUGAACUCUGUGCACUGGUGGAGCGGCUCCACUCAGGCACUUCCUGCCACGACUGUGCUGCUUCUCCUUGGCGCCUGGGUUCUGGUCGGCUUCCCGCUCACUGUCAUUGGUGGAAUUGUUGGGAAAAACAGAGCAGGCAACUUUCAGGCUCCAUGUCGUACACGUAACAUUGCACGGCAGAUCCCUCAACAGCCCUGGUACAAACACACUGCUGUGCACAUGGCCAUCGGAGGCUUCCUGCCUUUCAGUGCCAUUUCAGUAGAACUGUAUUACAUCUUCGCCACGGCGUGGGGUCGUGAACACUACACGCUGUACGGCAUCCUGCUGUGCGUGUUUGCCAUCCUGCUGUCUGUGGGCGCUUGCAUCUCUGUGGCCCUCACCUACUUCCUGCUCUCAGGCGAGGACUACCGCUGGUGGUGGAGGAGUGUUCUCAGCACCGGCUCCACCGGCAUCUUUAUAUUUGUUUACUCUCUCUUCUACUACCACAAUCGCUCCAACAUGAGCGGCCUUGUACAGAGCGUUGAAUUCUUCGGAUAUUCCUUGCUCACCGCGUUUGUUUUCUCACUCAUGCUGGGAACGGUUUCCUUUUGGGCUUCUCUGGCUUUUAUUCGUUACAUCUACCGUAGCCUUAAGAUGGACUGAGGGAUUUUUUUUUCCUCCCCUCUCAAAUGUGGAGACUAAUGGACCAGAUUUUUGUGUUGAAGUAUAUUAUAAACCAUAAACUAUCCAAACUGAUGCCAAUCAUUAAAAGGAAAUAGGGAGCAGACAAAUGUGACUAUAGACUUUAAUAUUUUGCUCACCAACACCCUGAUACUUAAAAUUCACAUAGGUAAAUAGAUGCUAGAUUAUAUGCACAUCAAAUACUGAAGUAUUUGGAUCGUUUGUGCUGAUUGGGACAGAAUUUCAUACUUCGAAUUGUUGCUUUCUGUUUGUGGGUUUUGUUAAAGGAACACUGACCUUGUUUUUGGAAAAUAGACUCAUUUUACAAGUUCCCUAGAGUUUAACAGAUGAGUUUUACAACUUUUAGCUGAUCUCCAAGUCUGGUGGGAGCACUUUUAGCUCAGCUAUAAUCAUUAAAUCAAAUGAGACCAUUAGCAUCUCGCUCAAAUUCCAAAAACAGAUAAUUUUCCUAUUUAAAGCUACUCUGUUCUGUAGUUACUUUGUGUGCCAAGACAGACAGAAAAUGAAAAGUUGAUAUUUUCAAGGCCGAUAUGGCUGCGAAUUAUACUCCAGUGUCUCCCAACCCUGUUCCUGAAUUCACACCAACAGUACACAUUUUUAACCUUUUUCUCAGGUAUUCAAACAUACCUGAAUUAAGUCAUUAGAAGAGACCCGAAAACCUGAAAUGAAUGUUUCAGAUUAGGAUUACUGUUGGUGUGAUUUUUAAUUAUCUGUCGGUUUUAGUACAUAAAGUGUUUACAGAAGAGUGCAGCUUUAAAUAGAAACAUUUGAGCGAGAUGCUUAUGGUCUGAUCUGAUUCAAUGAUCUAUGCUAAGCUAAGCUAGAAGUUUUCCAACCAGACUCUGAGAUCAUCUGAAUGAUUUUAAAAAAAUGGUAAAACUGUAUAACUCUAGCAGACUUGUAAAAUAGGUCCAUUUUCCAAAAAAAAAAAAAAUGGAGUGUUCAUUUAAUGCAAUGAGCAUGACAAACUACUAAAUGUUAGUUUCAAAGGAUAAUGGGACAAGAAUCAGAGGCCUUCAUACUUCUAUAUUGUUUCAUGUGACCAUGGAGGAUAUAAAGCACUUAUAUGCACUGUAAGUGAGUUUACUUGAUGAUUACAGGUGAAUUUGUUGUUAUAAGGAAGGAUAUUAUGAUCUUUGAGGUAAAUAGAUUUGUCAUAUUGUGCACAUAUGGUGCAAUAUACAUGUUUUGAUCAAAUGAGUAGAGUUGGAGGAAAGGUUUAAGAUGAGCAAGCUGAAGAAAUGAAGAAUAGAUUAUAGAAGCAAUACCAUGCUCUAAAGUCACCAUCAACUGUGAUCUGUCAAAAUGUAAAUAGUAUGUUUUCAAUAAAGUCAUUUUUAUUACGGUAAGAGAAAUAAAUGGGUGAAAUGCAA